UUCUUCCAAGACUGAUGAGUGCCAGGUUCCGUUGGGCUUCAUUGCACCUGCAAGGACUCAAGAACCCAAAGCUGACCAGAAUGGGCGAUCACAUUGUCGAGAGACAACUGAACAAUCUUCCCAAGAACCUAAACGGGACGUACGAUAGCAUACUCGAUAGCAUGGACGAGACUAAACGCUGCGAGGCCGAAAGGCUGUUAGCGAUCAUCUGCUUUUCAAAGCGACCCUUGGCACUGCCCGAAGUCGUUGAUGCUCUUGCAAUCGACUUCCAGGACCCUGACGAGGGACCCUUUGACCCAGACCAUCGCGCCAAAAGACCCAAUGGCAAUUCUUGAGUACUGUCCAGGCCUUGCAUCUCUGGUACAGCCAAACGAUCUUCUAAUUUCCGUAAUGCCUUCGGUUGCACCAACAGUGGUGCUAGCACACUUCUCUGUCGAACAGUAUCCGCAUCUGAAGCUCGACGAAUGGCGAUUCGGGAAAGUAGCUGAUGCUCAAGCACAUAUAGCUUGCAUCUGUUUAAGAUAUCUUACGCAGUACGAAGACCCCAUAAAGCUUGACUUGCUAAGUGCCGAAAGGAGAUAUCCUUUGUUUCGCUAUGCCCGCAUGAAUCUUGCAAAUCACCUGAAGCUCUCACUCUACGAUGCCGGAGCUACAGAACUUACUUGGAAGUUAUUCAACAUGCCCUUUGAACUCAGAAUUUGCUACAUUGAGGGCUUGCAUUUAGAUGAGCUCUCAGAUAUCUGGAGAAGUAUCUCCAGAUCUAGUAUCCAGUCGAAUGCAGCGAUCGGUCUCGUUUGUGCGGUUUUCUGGGGUUUGCGAGCACUAGUCGAGAGGUUCAUCGCCCUCGACUUCACACGCAUCAACGAGUCUGUCGACAUCGAGCUCAAGUUUGGCAAGUAUUUGCCGCGUACAGCAAGUGAGGCUGCGGCAUUCGUUCAUGACUUUGAGCUCUUUGUCUUACUCCACAAGGCCGGAGCCAACUUCAGUAACUCGUUGCAAUGUGCUUUGGUGGUGAGAGUGGACGACUUACACCCCUCAGAGCGAGAGCAAGAUACCACAGACGACAUCAUCAAUUACAUGCUAUUCAGUCACUCAGUCGACUGGAUCUCUCCCGAUAUCUUGUUUCUCGCCGUGUACCAAGGCAGAACUCGAUUAGUGCAAACACUUCUCGAGAACGGCGCAGAUCCGCUUGCUUAUAGUCUCUACCCUAAAUUCUCGCAGAUGCCGAUUCGGGUAUGUCUCAGAACCCGGUGGUCGAAGUCUCUUGGGAUGAAGCUUGAGGACAAUCUGAUUGAUGUUGCCAAGAAUAGAGGACACAAGGAUCUUGAGAGAUUAUUGUGGGAACAUACUCGAAUCUCUACAGUUGACACCGCGGUUUCCUCAGCAUUGAUUGCACCCGAAUCCAAAAACUCGUCUCUUGAGGAUAUUGGAGGUUCUAUCAGCUGAGAAUCUCAGAACAUAGCUUGAUAGCUUUCCGUAUGAAUGAUCUGCGAAACCAUCUCUUUUUACUUGUGAAUUCUAGAGUAUAACUUGAU